CAAGGACAACUCAAAGAGCAAAGUCUCUUUUUGAAGCCAAAUGGGGCCCUGAGUGAAUCAGAAAGGACCUUGAGGUCCCAUGGGAAGUGGUGGCUCAACGCAGUUCUACCAGCUCACCCCGGCGGAGGAGCAGGACUUUGCCGCGCUCAGUGAGGAAGAACGCCAAAAGAUUUCAGCAGCAGUUUCCAGGCUUGAGGCAGAGAGAGAUCAGGCAUCUGGCUGCCAAAGUAUCAUCAAUGCGGCUGGGGCUGGAUCACUUCCGAUUGUCCAACGCUUCCUCCAACAGGACCCAGCGGCUGUGGAAAGUGCGGAUGAGCGUGGCCGGACGGCCUUGCACGUUGCGGCAUUAAAUUGUCAUGCCAACGUCGUGAAGGAUCUUCUGGCUGCCAGGGCUGUGCAAGCAGUCGAUUGCCAUGGUGAUACACCUUUGCAUCACGCGGCCUUAAGCAGCAGCUUGGAGGUGGUGCAGCAACUGCUUGGUGCUCGUGCAGAUGUGGAGGCUAGAAACAACAAUGGUCGAACUGCACUGGACUUUGCCCAGAUGAAAGGCUGCGAGGAAGUGAUGUCCUUGCUCAGCUCCGCUUCACCACAAGCGUCGCUGGAGGACAUCCAGACGCUUCAUUUUACUUUGAAGGAGAGGCCUGCCAUUUUGAAUGCGCACAACGUCCACAAAGACCCUAGCUACCUUGGUCGCAUCUUGGAGAACGCUAAGGUAUGCUGGGUCUCCUUUCCAGGCAAAUAUUUGACUGGCUGGAUCGCAUUGAUCAGCGAACGACACUGGGAUUCUGUCGCUUGCGUUUUUCUUGAUGAUCCGGACCAUGGUCUUGGGAGGCACCACUUCCUCGAUGACAACAAGACAGAAUGCUACUGUGCCCUCAUUUAUGGGCAAAAAGAUUACAAGGAAUUUGGAUACUUGAUGGUGGUGGAGGGCAACAAGACGGAGGAGGAGAAACAUCUCUUGCGGAAAAGGGCACGGGCUAUGAAUGCUCACAUUGUGUUUGGGAAACCUACAGUUGAAGAUGAGCGGAAGGCCCAAGAGCUAUGGGAGAAGCAUGGGAAGAGAGCAGCUUGGGGCUGCUGUUGGUUCCAUAUUUGGAUUCAGCGAGUUGAAGAAGCUGUCAAAAGAGGACAACGCUUGCGAGUAGUUUUUUUCCCAGGAGAGGCAGGGAUGGGAAAGGUACAUUGGAAGAAGUUGCCAACAUCCAAUCUCUGGGACGGCAAUGGCUUAGGAGGGUCCCAGAAGGCUGAAGUUGCCUAUUUGGACAAGAUGAGGCGAGAAAAUCCCGCAUUUGACUACGAUGAGGUAGAUGUCACCAGGUUCCUCUCCAGUCAGUUCCAAGUAGGCGACUACGUUGAUGCCUUGGAUCCGCAUGGCCAGAGCAACAGCUACUCCAUGGCCAAGAUCCUUCAGACACCCAAUCCUACAGAAACCGACGAUACUGAAAUGAAAUGGCUGGUGGAAAGCAAAGACACUGGCAUCACCUUUCAUGCCAAGUGCGUGAGGCAUGCUGCACAUGCUUUGGAGGAGCUUCACCAAUUCCUUGGGACUGAUUUUCUCAAGAAGAUCUUCGAAGAUGCUUUGAAAAUGAAUGUCAAAUCAAUCAAAGCUGCAAGGCUUCCGUCUGGCAAGCCAUCACUAGCCGUUCAAACUGAUGUCACGACAAUUCAAUCGGCACAAGACCUGAGGGACAGGGUCCUCAGCUACGACUUGGACAUCCUUCUCAACCGAACAUUGGCAGAGCGAUGUCAAGGUGAUGUGGAGCUGGCAGUUGACCAGACCGUGUUCUUUGAUCAGUAUGCCAAAAGUCUUUUGACACUAUCAGAAUUGACUAACCACCAAAAGCAGAAGUUAGAUGAGCUGCUCAACCAUGACGGGGGUUUGCAGGAUAUCCAUUUGUCUGCCCCUGCUGGAUCGGGGAAGACCUUCUUGGCUGUGCACUAUUUGCUGACGAAGAUCAAAUUAGAUGAUCAACGACAGGUUUUGUAUAUUGCGCCCUCGCGUCCGCUCAUUCUGCACUUCAUACGAUGGGUCAUCAUGAAUGCUGCAUCCCAGCUGCCCUCAACAUCACCAGAGGACUUGCUGAAGAGAUUCGCCUUCAUGCAUCGACCGUAUGAAUGGCACAUGACUGCGAGUCUACAAGGCUCCCGCAUAGUUCUGAAGGAAAUGAGGGCUCAGCCCAAAGAUGCAUUUCUUCUCGCAAUUUUUGAUGAGGCACACGAGAUGUUCAAAUGGAACAGUGAGUUGUUCGAGAAGGUAAACGCUGUGCAAAAGAUGCUUCUGUCCGACAUUUCACAGUCUUCCUUCUUGCAUCACAAGUUCCCUCAUAUGUUUCAAUCCAGUCUCAGCGAAAUAGUGAGAAGCACCAAGAGAAUUAUGCACGGUGCAAGUGCCUUCCGACUUCACAAGAAUGAUUUGAUCAGCUGCAUUGGCACCACUGGACCCCCUCUGAAGACGUUUCUUUUUGAGAUGUCAAGUGGCAACAAAGAUGAAGAGUACCAGGCGUACGCCAAGCAGACCUUAGAUGCAUUGUGGCACACCAUGAAAACAUACCCAAGUCUUCGUGGAAAUCAUAUCGCACUGCUGGUGCCGGACAGGAGGUUCCGAGAAGAAUUCAAACAUCAUUUGUCCAGGCAUCUGGAAGCAGAGUUUGCUCCCGCUCGAACGUUUUCCCUGGUCUCGUUCGAAGACACUCUCGAGUUCAUUCCUACAGCUUUUCAAGGAGACUGUGGAGAGGACACUCUCAUUCUGGAUUGGGACGAAAAUGCGAAAGGCCUUGAACACUUGGUGGUGCUGUGUAUCGGGCUGGACGCAGAAAUCGAUUCUACCACGGACAAUCUGACACGGUCUCGGCUCUACCAUGCAAUAACACGUGCCCAGCUGCAAGUGCUUGUAGUGAACAGGUUACUCCAUGGUGGGUGGCUUGAGUUCUUGGCCACCUUGAAGCUGAAGUCUGAAAUCUUCGAGGAUUCAGGUGCACAGUCGGAGAUCCGAAUGGAUGCAGCUUCGAGAGUUGUAGAACUUGCCGGACGAACUGAGCAUGGUCCACAAGUGGAAGGUCCCCACAAGGUUUCUACUGGGAUUUCAACACCAAUCACAGCUGACAAGGAUGAUUCAGCCAUGUCCAGUGCUGCCGUCAAGGAAGGUGCUGACGUAGCAAGCCGCAGAGAUGCUGCUCAGGAGCAAACCGUUGAAGUUCGCGACACCUUUGUUUGGGAUACCAACUCUAACACGAUUUCUUCCCCUAUCCGGAAGCUCCAGUUUGAUCCUCGAACUGCCGAGCAGGC